UUUCGUAGAUGGCAAAUUUUUGCUUGUAUUGUUAUUCAGCUGAUAACUUUGGUUGCUUUUCGGCAAGAGACACAAGUCGACACAAAUCUAGUUAUAUCAUCAUUUAUUGUCAUCAUUUGCUUAUUUUGCAUUUGGUAAAGAAAAGGAUAAUAGGUGAUAAGACUAUACUUAUAUCGCCUUUGGCCUCUUUCUGGAAAGCAACCUUUGACACAACCGAAAACUGACCCAAAUAUAACGGGGCCAAUCAGAAAUCAGAAAUGGCCAUACUUUGGCUGCAUGUCAAUCAAUGAUGCCAAUGCACCAAUGCCACAACGCACAUACGUCUUUAUGGCCGCGAUUUGUUGACAUGGCGUCAGUAAAUAUGAAAUUGAAAAGAAUUUAUUAUAACAGUUAAUAUCUCAAAUAAUGUGUGAAAGUAAUAGUAUAUGAUAGUGGUUAUUGUUUAUAAGGCUAAAGUGAGCAAGUCUACCGCACUAAAGUACUUUUUAUUAAAAACAUAAGUACAUUAGUAACAUAAUUUAUACUCCAGUAAAUAUCAUUGUUUACAAUCAUCGUUAUAAAUAAAAGAAGUCAACAAUGAGUCCAAAGAGAAAAAUGAUCACGUCGGAUGUGUCGGAUGAAGAUGAAGAUAGCUUCAAGCACCGGCGCAGCUCUUUGAAAGUUAAUUUAAGUUACUGCACAGAUUUGACGGAUUCCGGCAAUGGUUCCCUUGGAAGAACUGAAACUGAGAACAAUGAAAGAAAGAUGGAUAAGUCGCAAAUUAAUAAAUUAUCAAACAGCAAGCAUCGGUCUAAUGCUAGCAAUAAAAUUUCAAGAGCUACAAGUAAAGAGAACAAAUGUGCUGAAAAUGAUAAGAGCAAAGUGUAUGUACAAGUCAAAGAAGGAAUACAAUUGAAACAUCUUACGAUAAAUCUGGAGAACAUAAAUGCUAAGGAACAGACACUUGAUACAAAUUGCAAACGCUUAAAAGAUGCGAUCUUAAGUAAGACCAAUGAGAUAUUUGAUAAACAGGAUGAGCUUUCUGUUAAAACUACUAUGGUAUUGGCAAACCAAGAGGACUGUUUUAUGAAUAAUAUACAUAGCUUAAAUGUUGAUAAACCGACUAUUCAGCGCUUUGAAAACGAAGAAUCUAUAACAUGCAAUCAAUAUAGUGAUGUUGCAGACAAUCAACAGAAAGAGGAUGAACACUUCAAUAUCGAUGCUACACCAAAGAAUGUUGAAAAACGAAGAAAUUCCGAUAAAGCUGUAAAUAAGUCUAAAUUAACUCCGAAACGAUUAUUUGCCGAAAAAGACAACAAGCAAGGAUGUAAGAUUAUAGAAGAUAUUGUCUUGGACAAGCGAUUUUCAUUGUUUCCCCUUAAACUAGUAGGUCCAAGUGACAGUCCUAUACUGAGCGGCAGCAAUAGAAGAUUACAAUUACUGAGAUCACAGUCUAAGUUAUUUUCGCAAAAUCAAUCCGAAAAUGGUAAUAACACACACUUGAGUGCAUGCCCUGAUCAUAGUAUUGAUAUAGGACAGCCUAUUAUUUGUUCCACUUUUAUUGAGGACAAUACGAAGGAUGAAGAAAGGAAUAAGCAUCUUGACAACAAAGCGAAGCAACAAGGUGAUAUUAAUAUAUCUCGGUCUAUGCACACGAUAAAUACAUUAGUAUCUAUGGAAAUGACAGAAAUUCAUAAUGGUAUCCAAUCGCGAGAAGAGCAUUCACCUUUGCUAAGCAGGGGUCUAUGUAAUAGCAUUAUAAACAGAGGAAAAGGUAGGUCAAGCAACAAAAGCGUGGGACAAAAUAAGAGUGUAAUGUCUGCGCAGAGAUUAGAGAACAUUGGUAGUUCUUUGAACAAGCUUACUUUACAAAAUAGAAGCAUACACUCAGAUAUUGCAACUAAUCACAAUGUAACAAGUGCGUGCAUAAAUACAACAGUUAUACCUGUACAACCAGCAUCUAUUGAAGAAAUAUCACCCACUAUGGAGACACAUGAUGUAUUGCAAGCCCAAGAACAGAAUAAUCAAUCCAGGAAACAAAGUGAAAAGCAACGUACCUUGAAUCUCUCUGAUGGUACCUCAAUUCCAUCGUCCUUAAAAGUAAAUACAUCAUUGGAUGUAGUGACUGAAACUAGCAAACGGAGGAAUGUAAAAAAAUCGGAUGAUCGCGGAAUUACUGCUACUGACCGAUGUCUUAAAAUCACAACUAAUAAUUCAAUAGUUUUGGACAAUCGACGUGAAAGUACGAGUACUAAUCGUACUUCGUUGCAAAUGAACACAUCUAUGGAUACUGUAUGUAAAAUAUGGCAAGGGAAAAAUAAUUGUCUUAACAAACAAUCUCCGAUUGAAGAUAGAAACAACAAACAUUCAAUAGAUUGUUCAAAUGUAGACGAUCGAAAUUCACCAACAGCUGAAGAUACAGAAGAGAAUGAUGCAGACUCUUUGGAGAAUAUCAGUUUAAUUGCGAGAUUAAGAAAUAUCUCUACGUGGAAUCGGGUUUCACACAACGAUAAAUUGGAAAAUUCCAAAACGGGGAAUAAAGAAAGAACGAAGGAUGUUGGAUCUAACAAUGUAGUAAGCGCUAAAUUUCAAAGUGGUAAUUACGCCAAUAGUGGCAGUAGAGAUAGUCACAGUUACGUCGAAGGAACUCCCUAUCCAAUAAGCCGUUCAGUCUUGUUCAAAAGGCAAUUAAAACAUAGAACACAAAAUUCAGAUAACAGCACAGCGUCCUAUGGCAACAAUUCUGCUAAUUCGGCUAGCGAUGAGGAAAAUAAUAGCAGAGCUAAAUCGAACGAUUCGAACUCUACAUCGACUUCGAAUAAGAUGCAUGUAUUGGCUGGCACAUCGAAGGAAUUGGAAGAUUAUACAGUUAUUUUAGAGGAUACACUCAUCCGUAAUCCUUUCCUUAAUCAAGAAAAACCUACGAUUAUUGAAGAUAUACGGGAUAAAGCAGGACUUGAAAUGGAUGAAGAAAAUACAGCUGCUUUGCAAAACACAGAAUACGUCUCAACGAGAAGACAUAAGAGGAGAUUAUUGCCACUUAACAACAAUUCUCAGUUGUAUUCCAUCGAGCAAUUAGAGGAACAUAGUGACGCAUCUGAAAAAUCUACGUCUACAAGAAGAAAUAAAAAAAAGUUGACAAAAAAAUGUCUAAAGAAAAAACCACCAGAUUCUAAGAACGACGCGAAUAGUGUUAAGGAUAAUAUUGCAAGUGAACAAGUGUCCUUAGACAACUGUGAUAUAGCUGAGAGUAAGACGAAAGAAAAUAAGAAAAACCGGAAACCGAGAAAGAUUGUUAGCAAGAAGGUCGUCAUAAAAAAAUUCGCGAACAAAGAUAUGUUAAAUAUAAUAAAAGAAAAUAAACGAAAUAAGGGAGAUCUAUCGAAGGAGAAUGGAGAUUCUUUAGAGGAUUUCGUAGCACAUCGAACGAUAUCUUCUCAGUGGAAUAAGCAUAAGUCACAAAAGAUCGUCAUUGUAACGACUGGAUUAUCAAAGGGAGAUAAAAGCUUGGUGAAGAGUAUCGUGAAAUCUCUUGGCAUGGCAGAAAUACAGUUGAACGUGUCCAGACGAACGACUCAUGUGGUGAGCACAGGUGUGCGUACGGUGAAUCUACUUCGAGGUAUAAUAAGGGGAUGCUGGCUCAUCACUUUGGAAUGGGUCCUCAAAUCCUUGGAGAGUAACGUGUGGUUGAAUCCUGAAGAAUUUGAGAUGAAACAUUUCUCUAAAGCUGUGCUGGAAAAUCGGAAGGACAGACAAUUAUUUGGGCCGUCGUAUAUCCCAGAAUUGUUCACCGCAUGUGGACUCAUAUACGUGGAACAUAAAACCACGCUGCCGUGCGAUACACUCAAGGAACUUAUAAAGACAGCAGGCGGGUAUAUUACUGAAAAUCCCAAGCUCGCCAGAAUUAUCGUCGGCGCGGAUGGUGGUUUGAAGGAAACCUGGGUUAUAGAUUCUAUUACAACGGGUGAAUUACAAUCAAUUAAACUUUAUCAGAAAAAGUGAGAAG